AUGCUCGACUGGCAUCAGGAACUUGCUGGAUUUACAAGAGCCAUAUCUCUACCCUUCAAAAGCAGUCUUCACAACUAUCGUCUGAUGGAGCGUACGGCUAAGAGGCUUUCGGUUGCGGAUCUAAAAGCUGUCGACUAUGCGUUGAUAAAAGAUCUUCCAUCCAUCGAGGCAAGUCUGGCGUUUACACUUUGCUCUAGAGUGGAGCGAUUGCAGAUUCGUCUUGAUACACUUGAUAGGAGCAGAGCUUCCUUCAAAAACACGUUCUAUCUGUUUAAAGGAAUUUCAGACAAGCGGCGUACCCCCACUCUCCUCCAAUCUCUGAAAUACCUUGAAGUACGAACGGGCCUUGGACCCACGGAUGGUAUAGUCGCCUCUGGUGUCCCCCUUAUUCUUGAAUUUGCUCCACGACUUGAGGUCUUGAUCUUGAGGGGCAGAGACGGCUUCAAGCCCAAGAACUUUGAAAACUGGUUCUUUGCAGCCAGAGUCCGUCCCGCGCUCGAAAGUCUUGUCGAGAUACAGAUGAUAGGAUGGGACUUGACAACAAGAAGCACCGACAGCUAUGUCCUCAAGGAGUUCCUCACUACGACCAAGAGACUCAAGACUUUCAAGUAUCUCUCCAGUGUCAAGAAACCUGGCCUUGCCGGUGACUGGGAAUUGGGUUUGUUCCAUCGCGAGUAUCCUCCGCGGCACCUUAUCAACAUGUUGCUGCGAGUAAAGUCAACUCUGCAACAUCUGACACUUGACUUUGGAGAGCGAGGACUUGAUAAAGAGCCUCAGUCUCCAGAUACACAUGAUAUCAUCAUCGAUAGCCGUCAGCUGAAACAAUUUACACAUCUUGAGACUCUCGAGAUCGACCAAUUCUGUUACUGUCCUCACCAAGUUGAAGGACUCAACCGCAAGACAGAAAGAAACACGUACCUCGCAGACAUGCUCCCAACUACCGUCCGCAAACUAACUAUAUCGUUUCCAAGAUACAGAGGAGGAUAUCGAUGUCGAAAUUGCAUCGUGCACCUUGGCCAACGGGUGGUAGUUGGGGACUUUCCUUUACUUGAACAUGUCGAAAUCAACGCUCGUGUUGCUACACCAAAAUACGAUCCGAAUCAUGUUGUUAGCACGAUGACGCUUGUGGAUGAUCCUGAACGAGAUAUCACGAUUAACAGGCCCGAGAUUGAAAAGUCGUUUAGGGGCUCAAGUGUUGUAGUAAAGUACAGGUUUUGGGCUGAAGACAACGGUAAACGGUACCGCUAUGAACCCAACGCCAAUGAAGAUUCAAGUCCACAAACUGCACACAGUCAUAGGCCGCGGUUGGAGCAUACUGUCAUGGCGCAUUUUGAAAACCUUCCCGUCGAAAUCAUCGACUUGAUAUUCUACCAACUAUUCCGUCCGCCUAACGAGGAAUGGAACAAGGCAUGGUCCGAAUAUAUGACCGAUGUCCCCAAGGUUGCUGUUGGAGACUUUAUUAGGUUAACCGGAACCAACAAACUAUGCCGCUCACUCGCACUGCCUAUCCUUUUCCACUCUAUUAGACAAUCCCACGGGGCAAAGUACAUAUUCAACAUGUUCAAUUGUUACCGGGAUUUGACAGAAUUUACGAAGAGUCUCGUCCUGCCUCUUUCUAGGCGAAGCAGCUCUGGCUAUUCUUAUGUGGAAGAUGCGGCAUCAAAACUUGGCGUUUAUGGUCCAGUCGUUCAGUCUAUAUACGACGGACGUCCCGAGACCGCUGAAAUGAGUCUUGCGCUUACACUUUGCUCCACUGUUGAAAGGCUGAAAAUACGUCUUCCUGAUCACGACCGCAACACCGACUGGCAGAACAGAUCGUUUAGAACAACUUUCGAUUUAUUUACAAUUAUCUCGUGUCAAUUGGGAAGAGUCCCGUAUCUUGCAAGCUUAAGAUACCUCGGGUUCUACACAAAAUCGCACAGGUGCUAUAACGAACCUGAUUCGGAUUUAGCCCUUUUUGAUAUCCCUCGGAUCCUCGCACUAAGUCCCAAGAUCGAGGUCUUGGUCAUGCGCGGUUAUUUCGAGAAGUAUUAUCAGAUCGGAAUUCCAUUUGAUGUAGACGUUUGCCGUCCUGCGCUUGAGGUCCUUAUCGAGAUCCGGUUGUUAGAUUGGCCGUUGUAUAGUGACGAGGAUAACGAUAUCAACGUUGUCGGCAAAGUCCUCACUGCAACAACGAGACUAGAGAGAUUUGUUUAUGCCAGUCGUCCAGCCGACUUCUGGGGAGACGAGCAUCCUCCACGGAGACUCAUUGCCAUGUUGCGACCGGUACAGUCAACUCUUCAACAUCUAACACUUGACUAUGGGGAAAAGAGUCUUUUGCCACACUAUGAGGGCCGUUUUACAUCAGAAGAGAUAGUUAUUGCGCCAGACCAGCUCCAACGGUUUAUACAUCUCGAAACCCUGGAAAUCAGCCAAUGCGUAUAUUGCUACCACCAACUCAACCGCAAAGCAGAGGGAGCCACGUAUCUAGCAGAUCUACUUCCCAUAACGAUCCGAAGAUUGACCAUAUACUUCCCCAGACACUUUGGCGGGGUCCAGUGUUUGGACUGCAUCUUAUACCUUGGCAAGCGUGUAGUAGCUGGUGACUUCCCUGCGCUUGAGUUCGUGGAAAUCAAGGCUCAUUUCCACCAAUAUAGACGCAAGAGGCAUAGACGCCGUUUUGGACAGUGGACAUAUCAUCCUUGGAUGGCCGAGGAUGCUGCAAGGCAAACGUUGGAGUAUGACAAGGAGCUGGCAGCUGCCGCAAGGAGGGAGGAAGGGCGAGAAGAGAAGGUCAAAGAGGCAUUUGCUGGUUCUGGAGUUGAGAUAAGGUAUAGGGUUUCGCAAUCUGUAUGGGAGACUGAGGGGUUUCAAGUCUCGGACACAUGA